AUGGAAACUCUGAACAAACUGAAACAGUUUGAUGCCUAUCCCAAAACUCUGGAGGAUUUCCGGGUGAAGACUUGGGGGGGAGCGACCGUGACCAUCAUCAGUGGCAUCAUCAUGUUGAUCCUGUUUGUGUCUGAGUUGCAGUACUACCUCACCAAAGAGGUCCACCUUGAACUCUACGUGGACACGUCUCGAGGGGACAAACUCAAAAUCAACAUCGACAUCAUUUUCCCUCACAUGCCCUGUGCCUAUCUCAGCAUUGAUGCCAUGGAUGUGGCGGGUGAGCAGCAGUUAGACGUAGAACACAAUCUGUUCAAACAGCGACUGGACAAGGACCUGAAGCCUGUGUCUGAGGAGGCAGAGAAACAUGAAAUGGUCAACGUUGAAGAAACUGAAGUGUUUGACCCUAGUUCACUGGACCCUAACAGAUGCGAGAGCUGCUAUGGAGCAGAGACUGAGGACCUGCAGUGCUGUAACACCUGUGAUGAUGUGAGAGAGGCGUACAGGCGGCGGGGCUGGGCCUUCAAAAGUGCCGAGACCAUCGAGCAGUGUAAGAGAGAAGGGUUUGUCCAGAAGAUGCAGGAGCAGAAGAACGAGGGCUGUCAGGUGUACGGCUUCUUGGAGGUCAACAAGGUGGCAGGAAACUUCCACUUUGCCCCAGGAAAGAGUUUCCAGCAAUCCCACGUCCAUGUCCAUGAUCUGCAGAGUUUUGGUUUAGACAACAUAAACAUGACCCACCUGAUAAAACACCUGUCCUUUGGUAAAGAUUACCCUGGCAUCGUUAACCCUCUGGAUGGCACUGAUGUCAACGCUCCUCAAGCCUCAAUGAUGUAUCAGUAUUUUGUGAAAAUUGUUCCAACAAUCUACGUAAAAACUGAUGGCGAGGUGUUGAAAACCAACCAGUUCUCUGUGACCAGACAUGAGAAGGUAGCCAACGGUCUGAUCGGUGACCAGGGUUUACCAGGAGUCUUUGUUCUAUAUGAACUGUCACCGAUGAUGGUCAAGUUCACAGAGAAACACAGGUCGUUCACCCACUUUCUCACGGGUGUGUGUGCCAUCGUUGGGGGAGUAUUCACAGUGGCCGGUCUCAUCGACUCUCUCAUCUACCACUCUGCUCGGGCCAUUCAGAAGAAAAUAGAGCUGGGAAAGGCCUCCUAACAGCGCCACCGGCUGGGCUCCAUGGUGCAACACAGACAGGACACGGACACAGAGACAAAAACUGGCCAAAAGAGGAGAAGGAGAAGUUUGUGAAGAGAAGAAGCCGAUGCUUCGCUUCCUCAGCUUCACUUCUCCUCUUUCUCCUCAGAUGAAAACACUGGAGAGGACGACUGUUGUCCUCUGACUGCGUCAGACAGACGUGACUGUGGUCUGGGAGCUGGACCAGACGGCUGUUUCUAAAUGUUCUGUUAGUGGAGACUGCUCCUCUUUCGUGUCUUUGUCACUUCUUUCUCACUGAAGAGGUGCAGUUCUUGCACCUGGAGAUAAACAAAAGAUGGAGGUGAACACUUGGGUCCCCACACUCCAGAACACCAGGAUUCCUGUUCUCCAAACAUAGCUGAGAGUGGGAACACUGGGAAUGCUAGGAAUCAGCUGAUGAAAUUCUGGGCCGUCUUUAAAAAUGUUUAAUUAAUUGUUAACAGUGAAGUUUGUUUAGUCACAGGCUCCACUGCUGCCUCAUCACUCUGUUCAAAUCAUGUUGAAUUUUUUUUAUUUUUUUUAUUUCCUGAUAGUGACACAAACCAACCACAGGAGGCAGCAGUGGACCAGCAGUUGCUGUGUCUCUUUGAGUUAAAAAUCACAGUUUUGUCAUCUUGGAUUAUGUAACAUAAAUCUCCCUGGUGUAAGCCCACCGUCACUCAAUGGCUGAUGGGAUUCCGUCUUACAUCUCCCCCUGAAAUGGUCUUCGUCCCUGAAAUGGUUAGGCAGCAGAAGAUGAAAGGAUGAAGCCUUAAUUUAUAAUUUUUAUGGUUUGUUUUCUUCAUUUAGAAACUUUAAUCUGAUUUUUGGAUGUUUAUUUCUGAAAACAGGCGUGUCAGUUAUGAUGAUUUAUGAUCAGUUCACAUUUUGGUGCCAUUUGAGUUGAGUUUUUGUGUGUGAACUCACGGAAAGACAAACGACACUUGACCUGUUGCCACCUGCAGAAGGAAAGCAGAGGCAGUUUUCGUCUUAACAGACAGAUGGUCAAACUGCCCACAGAACUUCCUGUGUACCAGUCAUGGACGUCAGGACGGAGGACAAAUGUGACGUCUCUGGCGAAGACGCUCAUUUACAUGGAAUGUCUCAAUAAGAAGGCGUGAAGAAAAUUUUAGAUAAUCCACAUCUAUAAAGGGUCUAACCUGGACCCAGGAUUCUCUGUGCUAUUAUUCAUGGUUUGAGUGAGACCGGGGAUUCACAGAAAGUUGAAGAAGUUCAGGAUUGGACGUCAAUUUUUUAUACAUGAAUGGACACAGCAGACCAUCUUCAUAGACAAGCGGUACACAACCGCCAGAACCUGGGCCAGUACCAGGACCUGGAGCAGUACCAGGACUUGUACUUAGAACGGUGUCUAACAUCCCACAGACGGAUUGUCCUCGAGAUUUUCCCCAGUCUUAAUAUUCAGUGAAAUGACUCGAGCUCAUAUUUGAUUCCUCACCUAUCCUUCUGUGAUGUCGUCUCUUUUUAAAACCUUGUUUUUCUUCUGUGCGUGCGUGUGUGUGUGUGUGUGUGUGUGUGGUUUACUUUUGAAUCCUCUGCUAACUCUUUUCUAAAAUGACUGUAAAUAAAGUUUGGAGUUCCA